CAGAAGAGAAGACGCGUUGGACAGCAGCAGUAGCCAUAGCAUACAGCGGGCUGAAAAAAUGGCUUCACAAGGAACCAAGCUUUUUGCACAUACUUCCGCUGCACAUUUCUUCUCACGAACCAUGCCUGCUGCCUUGGGACUUUUUCUCUUCUCUGUGCUUCUAACUCCAGGUGACUCACUGGAGUGUGAAACGUGCACAGCGGCAGGCGCCAGCUGCAAGGGCAGCAUGACAAAGUGUGGCGCUGAUGACGACACCUGUUUUGUCGCUUUUAGUGAAAGCAAAAUAGCUGGAAAAUCAUAUGAGAGGAUCCUGAAAGGCUGUGCACCAGCUCUAGUCUGCAGUUUGGGACCAUUUUAUGUAAAUCUGGGCCAGAUGUUUACCUCCAGAGGAAUGACUAUCUGCUGUGAGGGUGCUGAGUGCUCAUCUGAUUCAGCUCAGUUGCCUCCAAUGAUGAAAAAGGUCAAUGGGAAAACAUGCCCAGCCUGCUAUUCGCUGACUCCUACGUGCCCUGCAAAGGUGACAAAAUGUACAGGAAUAGAGGACCACUGUCUGGAUGCUAGCAUCAAAACUGGAGGGUUUGGAAUCACCAUGAAAGGUUGCACUACCAAGACUUACUGCGAUAUUAUACAACUAAAUGCUUUGUCACGAAAUUUUAAGAGUACCUUGAGGGCAGUUACUUCUGCAAUUCUAGAUGGUAAAUGUGAGCCAGCCAGUAAGGCACCCCCAUCACUGAGAUUUCCUCUUCUGGCCUUGUCAUGGCUUCUGCUGGUGAAGAUCCUCUUGCAAUGAACUCCUUCCGGUGACUCGGCACUGAGGACAACUUUCCUUUCCAUGUCCGUCUCUGCUUUCGGUUUGGUUUUUCUCCAGAGGGAUUUGUAUUCCUACGUAGAUAUCUUACUGACUUACAAAGAGCCGGUUUGUUCUUUUGCAGAAAUGACGAUGAAAUGCUUUCGUGAAGAUCUGUUGGCCAAGCAGCCUGAGCAGAAACGGGGGACCUUUUUCAACCUGUGGAACGCAUUUCAUGGCUGCCAAGAGUUCUCAGAUGAAAAUAGGGACAUCAGGGACAUCCUCCCCUCCGUGCCCCCAUAUACAUACACUGCUGGUGGAAUACGAGAAAAGGGGAGGGCUGGCUGAGCUGCCUCAGCAUUACAGGUUACCGCCCACACACUUCGGCUGCGCUUUUCUGCUUGUGUGGUGGCACCUCGGUAAAACUACUUCUUACUGUUUGUAGCAGAGUUUUCCCCGGAGGCAGAGGACAAGAAAAGGAGUCAUACUCAAA